CGGAUUUCAGAAAAGUUGACUCAUAAUGGGACAUGGAAAGAAUCUGAAGAUAAAAUUCUAUCUAUCAUAAAUGAAAAUUUUAAUACUAUGGAAGACAUUUGGAAUAAUUUAGCUCUUAACUUUGAAGUAGCUAGAACAUUAAAUGAGGGAACUUAUCAAUCUACUAUUAUUGUACCAUUUAUUCGAGCUAUACUAAAAGAUCUUUCCUUUAGAUUUUUAUUUAUUAGCACAUCAGAAAGAAAAAGUAUUGCAAGUGCAGAUAGAAAAAGAGACGGUCAAGUGGGAAGACGUCCAGAUAUUAUGUUCAUGGUGAAAUAUUUAGAUGUGCUCUUCGAAAUUAUGUACAUCGAAUGCUCGAGAUUGGUUUAUAUGCCUCAAAAAAUAGUGGAUGAUGAUAUAAAGUUAUGGAGAGAGUGUAAUGAUGGUAUGUGUUAUGCACAAAAAAUUCUUAAUCCAGAUAAAGAUCAAUUUGAAAUUGUUGAGAUACAAAUAGCAGAAGAUACUUUACAUCUGAAUGUUCUUAUUAGGGAUCAAAUGAAUGUUAAUAGAUAUUAUAAUAUAGAAUUGGCAAAAAUCUCUGUGCAUAAAUCAGAAGAGAUCAUUGUAAUUAAAUUUGUAGAAACCUUUCUUUUACAUAACAUAAUAAUUACAAAUUUGUCUUUACUAUAUCAUGGAUCAGUAUGUAUAUCUGAAAGGCAAAAGGAAGACAGUACGACU